AUGUUGAUGUUGUAGUAUAUAAACCGCGGGCUGUGAGGAAGGAAGCAUCCUGUAUUGAUAGAACCCAGUUUUAAAAUAGGUCUCAAAAAAAAAAGUGCAAAAAAUGAAUUCCAUCUUCUCGAGUGUCAUCGCCAUUUUGGCGGUAAACGUAAUUGCAACAGCCCUCGGAUGGGGCUACCGAGCAUCGGACCAGCGUCGAUGGGCUGUCCUCCACCCAGCUUGUGGCGGACGCCAGCAAUCGCCCAUAGCCAUUGCAGCACGACAAGCCAUCCCCAUCUCUAUACCUGCCAUGGAGCUUAUCGGCUACCAGAACCCCUUGCCUGGACCAUUAACUACCACCAAUAAUGGACAUUCAGUGGCACUCAACAUCCCAAAAUAUUCCUCUGAAGAGGAAAAGAAAGGUUUCCGCCUGCCCUACAUCUUUGGUGGUCCUCUUGACAACGAGUAUGAAAUAGAAGGCCUGCAUUUCCACUGGGGUGAUAAGAACAACCGGGGGUCUGAGCACACUCUCAAUGAUAUGCGACUUCCCCUGGAAAUGCACAUCAUCCAUAGAAAUAAGAAGUACAGGAGUUUGGCCGAAGCCCUGCAGCAUCCAGAUGGUCUUUGUGUGCUUGCUUUCUUCUACCAGGUGGUGGAAUUCGAAGCCAAGCUGCUGACUCCCAUAGUAAAGAACCUGUCAGCGAUUGAGAACUUCAACUCGAGCAUGCAGCUGCCGCACACCUUCUCUCUGUCGUCCAUCCUGUCGGGGCUGGAUGCGGAGCGCUUCUACACGUACAAAGGCUCGCUGACCACGCCGCCCUGCGCUGAGGCGGUCACGUGGGUCGUUUUCUCCGACUACCUUCCCAUCUCUGUGUUCCAGAUGGACAACUUCCGCGGUCUGCUCUCCAACCUGAACCUCCCUCUGGUGGACAACUUCAGGCAGCUACAGCCUCUGUUCGGGCGGCGAAUCUUCGUCAGAAUAACCUCCAAGAACCCAAAGUUCAAGAAAACUAAACUACACUAUUCCAAAUGGGACUGGGUCGGACACAAGAAGACUGAAAACGACAUCGCGGAAUUCGACGACUAAAAUUCAACUAAAUUUCCAAAAAAAAAAAACUAAUCUUGUAACUAAACUUAGCACUCUACGGGUAUUAUUAAUUAUUAUUAUUAUGUUUAACAGAGGACUCUCCAUAUAACUCACUCAAUCUAUACAAGCCUAGUUGGUUCUUAUUUGAAUACUAGCCGAUUCUACCGACUUCGCCCGCGUGGAUUUAGUUUCGAAAUCCUGUGGGAACUCUUUGAUUUUCUGGGAUAAAA